ACUACAGGAGGUGGCAGGUCUGUCAUUCCUUUCCCAAGUGUGGUCAGCUUGGUAAUCACCCCUGAUCCCUUCAGAGCAGGCUUCCUCAACCUUGGAUAUCCCAAGGCCUCACUCAGAUUCAGCUGGCCCGCCACAGUCUACUCAAGGCAUCCCACCACCACCACUGCUUCCUGCUUACUAGAGCAGGGCUGAGCCCAGGAGCAGACAAAUGGAGCCCCCCGGGCAUCCAUCCUUACCAUCACUGGAGCAACAAUAAAGCCAGAGAACCAUAGAAGACAGGUGACUGAUCCCCACGUUCAAGUCCCUGGGACCCUACAGAAGGUGCUGCUGUAGCCCCCGUGCCUGGUCACAAAUGAGGAAACCAAGGUGCAAAGAGGUGGUGCAGCCUGCUCCGGGUCACCCAGCUACUCCCAGCUGCAAUUCCAGACUCCAUGAGGAGGCAAGAGGUGCAGACGGGUAGGGAGACCAGUUUGGCCCACAGUGCUGUCUCCCCAGCCGAGCAGGUGAAAGGCCUUGCGGAUCUGUUGGCUGGGAAUGGUGGUCAGAUGCUGCAGGCCCCUAAUAAGAUGCUGGACUUCCCACUGGAAUCUCACAGCAAUGACUCAAGGAUACAGAGGCACUGUGAGGCCCUGCUGAGCAGAAUGGGAAAUGGCCCAGAGUUGGGUAGCCCCUCACACCGGCUGGACAGCCUCCUGCUGGUGGAGGGCCUGACAGACCUGCAGCUGAGGGAGCAUGACUUCACACAGGUAGAGGCCACACGUGGGGUCUGGCGCCCUGCCAGGGCCAUCACCCUGGAUAGGCUCUUCCUACCUCUGUCCCGGGUGUCCAUCCCACCCCGUAUCUCCAUCACCAUUGGAGUGGCUGGCAUGGGCAAGACCACUCUGGUGAGGCAUUUUGUUCGUCUCUGGGCCCAAGGACAAGUGGGCAAAGAGUUCUCACUGGUGCUGCCUUUGACCUUCCGGGACCUUAAUACCUAUGAGAAACUAUCUGCAGACAAACUUGUCCAUUCCAUCUUCACAAACACUGGGGAGGCUGGUCUGAUGGUGGCAGCCCCAGCAAGAGUCCUCCUGGUCCUGGAUGGCUUAGAUGAAUGUAAGACACCUCUGGAAUUCUCCAACACCAUGGCCUGCACGGACCCCAAGAAGGAGAUCCAAGUGGACCAUCUGAUCACUAAUAUUAUCCAAGGCAACCUCUUUCCAGAAGUUUCUGUCUGGAUUACUUCCCGUCCCAGUGCAGCUGGUCAGAUCCCUGGGGGUCUAGUGGACCGAAUGACUGAGAUCCGGGGUUUUACUGAAGAAGAGAUCAAAGUGUGUCUGGAGCAGAUAUUUCCUGAGGAUCAGAACCUCUUAGGUCAGGUACUGAGUCAGGUGCAGGCUGACAGGCCUCUGUAUCUGAUGUGUACCAUACCAGCCUUCUGUAGGCUCACAGGGUUGGUCCUGGGUCACUUGUGCCACAUCAGGCUGGCAGCCCAGGACAAAGAGCUAUGGCCUCCACGAACCCUGUGUGAGCUCUACUCUUGGUACUUUAGGAUGGCCCUCAGUGGGGAGGGACAAGAGAAGGGAUUGCCGAGUCCUAGGAUUGAGCAGGGGGCCCAUGGAGCCCGCAAGAUGGUGGGGACACUGGGCCGCCUGGCCUUCCAUGGGCUGAUCAAGAAGAAGUAUGUGUUUUAUGAGCAAGAUAUGAAGGCUUUUGGUGUUGACCUCGCUCUGUUACAAUGCACUUUGUGUAGCUGCCUCCUGCAGCGGGAAGAGACAUUGGCCUCCUCAGUGGCCUAUUGCUUCACCCACCUGUCUCUGCAAGAAUUUGUGGCAGCUACAUAUUACUAUAGCGCAUCUAAGAGGGCCAUCUUUGACCUCUUCACUGAGAGUGGCAUGUCCUGGCCCAGGCUGGGCUUCCUCACACAUUUUAGGUGUGCAGCCCAGCGGGCCACACAGGCUGAGGAUGGAAGGCUGGAUGUGUUCCUACGCUUCCUUUCUGGCCUCUUGUCUCCAAGGGUCAAUACUCUUCUGACUGGUUCCCUGCUGGUCCAAGGCGAGCACCAGGGCUACCGGGCCCAGGCAGCUGAGGUCCUGCAGGGCUUCCUACACCCUGACACUGCAGUCUCUGCACGCGCCAUCAAUGUCUUGCACUGCCUUCAUGAGCUGCAGCACACAGACCUGGCUUGCAGUGUGGAAGAAGCCAUGCAAAGCAGGGCCCUAGCUGGGCUAACCAGCCCCUCCCACCGUGCUGCCCUGGCCUACCUCCUGCAGUUGUCUGACAUCUGUUCCCGGGAGGCCAAUUUGUCCCUGUGCCUCAGCCAGAGUGUCCUCUGGAGUCUGCUGCCCCAGCUGCUCUAUUGUCAAAGCCUUAGGCUAGACAACAACCAGUUCCAGGACCCUGUAAUGGAGUUGCUGGGCAGUGUGCUGAGUGGGAAGGACUGUCGCAUUCGAAAGAUCAGCCUGGCUGAGAACCAUAUCAGUAACAAAGGGGCCAAAGCUCUGGCCAGAUCCCUUCUGGUCAACAGAAGUCUGAUCAUGCUGGAUCUCCGAAGUAACACCAUUGGACCACAGGGGGCCAAGGCUCUGGCAGAUGCUCUGAAGAUAAACCGCACCCUAACUUCUCUAAGCCUCCAGAGCAACAUAAUCAAAGAUGAUGGUGCUAAGUGCAUGGCUGAGGCACUGGCCUCCAACCAGACUCUCUCCAUGCUGCACCUGCAGAAGAACCUAAUUGGGCCCAUGGGAGCCCAGUGGAUGGCAGACGCCCUAAAGCAGAACAGGAGCCUGAAGGAGCUCAUGUUCUCCAGUAAUACCAUUGGUGAUGGCGGUGCUAAGGCCCUGGCUGAGGCCAUGAAGGUGAACCAGGGCAUGGAGAGCCUGGACCUGCAGAGCAAUUCCAUCAGUGACAUGGGAGUGGCAGCGCUGAUGGGAGCCCUCUGCACCAACCAGACACUCCUCAGCCUCAACCUACGAGAAAACUCCAUCAGCCCAGAGGGAGCCCAGGCCCUUGCUCAUGCUCUCUACAAGAACAAUACUCUGAAGCACUUGGACCUGACAGCCAACCUCCUCCAUGACCAAGGUGCCCAGGCAAUUGCAGUGGCAGUAGGAAAAAACUGCGCCCUCACAUACCUUCACCUACAGUGGAACUUCAUCCAGGCUGGUGCAGCCAGGGCCCUGGGACAAGCACUCCAGCUGAACAGGACCCUAACCACCUUAGACUUACAGGAGAAUGCCAUAGGAGACGAAGGAGCUUCUGCAGUGGCUAGUGCACUGAAGGUGAACACAACCCUCACUGCUCUCUACCUCCAGGUGGCCUCCAUUGGUAUCCAGGGAGCCCUGGCACUAGGGGAGGCCCUGGCUGUGAACAGAACCUUAGAGAUUCUUGACUUAAGAGGAAAUGCCAUUGGGGUGGCUGGAGCCAAGGCCUUGGCAAAUGCUCUGAAGGUAAACUCCAGUCUCCAAAGACUCAAUCUGCAAGAGAAUUCACUGGGAAUGGAGGGAGCCAUAUGUGUGGCCACUGCACUAUCUGGGAACCAUGGGCUGCAGCAUAUCAAUCUCCAGGGAAAUCUCAUUGGGGAAUCUGGUGCCAGGAUGAUCUCAGAGGCUAUCAAGACACAUGCUCCCACAUGCACUGUGGAAAUGUGAAGAAAACAAGUUCUUGUGGCCCAUUAGGACCAGCAGAAACUCAGCUGGAAGCUUUUGAGCAGAUAUCUCUGGAUGUCUUCUGUAAUCUGAAAUGCUUCUGAGCCAGUUCAUAAGUUGGUUUCCUGCGAGGAAGGAAGGGCACCACCAAUGGAGGUCAUGGGUACCUUUCCCUGCCCAGGGUCAGUCAGGGAGAAGAUGGAUACUCUCUUAAUGGCACAAAGAAAGGAAGGGGCUGUUAACCAAGAGAGACUCAGGAGCAAAACCUCAAAGCUCAGCAAAUUGGGAAGCUAGUCCUGGCUUAUUCAUGCCCAGAGAUCUUCACACGUGUUCCUGUCCUUUUACAUUCAGCUGGUUAACAUCAUCCUUCUCUCUGAAAUGAGUUGCAGUCUUCAAGCCCAUUAAGAGCAUCAACUGGUGAUCAUGGAGCCCUGUUUUCUUUUUUCAAGAGGAAAAGAACGUUUUCAAGUGUGAUCCUU